AUGUUGACAGUUAGCCGCAUAUCUGUCUUUUAUAAUCCAUUCCUUCAAAUAUCAAAUGGUGUUUCAGCAUGUAGGGGUAACACUUACUUCUCAAGGUACACAAAGCGGUCUCGAAAAGCUAGCGAGUUCAACUUCUAUCGUAAUGCUGCUGAAAUUGUUGAAACCUCAUUUUCUGGGGAAAAUUUCGAGAAAUCGGUGAGUGAAAUGAGACACGCAAAGUUUGUUGAAAGGCAGAAGCACAAGUUUUCAGUACUUCAAAAGAAGUAUUCUAAUAAUCCUGUAGAGUUGUCUGUGCUUACAUGGAAGGCAAAGGAGCAAAUUAUGUUCUUGCUGAAUUGUGACGAAAGCAUGGACUUUGAACAAAUAUCCAACUCAUUUCCAAUAACCUCUCAAGGUGCUGAAAAGCUUUUUGGGAAUAAACCGUCAUACGUUUUACAAAAGUCAGGGGACAUCAGCUUUCUUUUAAAGCACGACUCUCAUGUUAUUGAACGCUGGAAUCAUUUGCUUUUAUUCUUGAACAGGAUUUAUCGUGGAGGGAAUGAUGUUGCGGAAUCUUCUGUUUUUGGUAUGAUACCUAGUGGUCUAUCGUGGUUAUGUACAAACGCAAAAAUGAACCUUCUAAUGUACGCAGACGGGAACCCCAAACUUCCCUUCCCGAAAAGUCAUAGUGAAAUUGUGAAAGAGGAUCAUUCACAUGGUCAUUUUGAGAUAUAUGCUGCAGCGUUUAACACUAUGCCUAAAGAUGAAUUUUGUGAUAGGUACGCGCAACAUGUUCUGAGGCUUCGUAAAUUUGUCGAAACUUUUCAAAAACUUCAAAAUUCUCCACCCCAGAAUGUCCCACUUUCAGGUGACUAUCACUCUUUACAGCUUUACAAAUACUUGUUGAGUUGUGCAACUGCUGUUAAUUCAAAAUGUAUUAAUCAAAGAUCAAUUUCUCUUCCAAAUAAUGUAAAGCUCCGUGACUAUUACACUAAACAAAAAAUAUAAUGGUUUUUCUCGGAAUGGUGUCUGUUAAUGUCUUUUUGUUCAUUAAAUGAUGUCUAUAUCUCGACACAUGUAAAUUCUAAGAUAGCUAACUUGCAUCCUGUUACAACCUGAUAUAUUUGAUGAACACCAUCCACAUGACUUUGCAAAAGCGUGUAAAUAUGCCUGUCCACAACUUGUGUUCAUUUUUACAACCGAUAGAUCCUUUUUUCUGGUACAUCAGGUAAACGCAUAUACACAAAAAAGGGUUUUUGACUCUUGUCACUGUCCACGGUUAGAUCAUUGCAGCAAGUGACAUCCUUAUCCAUCUGUUGUGUUCUAUUUCAUAUUUCUUUGUUGCACACAAAUGUUUCAUUAGUUUUAGUUACUCAUGGAAAAGCCAGUGCUGAAGUUCCGAAUUUGUCGCUUUCAUGAUAUUAUUAUUUAAAAAUAAACAUUGGUACAAGGUGGCACCAAAAAGAUAUGCGUCACGGCCGAGAGGUGAGUCAACUCCCUCUCGAAAUGCUCCCACAUGGUCAGGCAUAUAUAGCCCCUGCAAGGGAAGUCCUACUCACUGCCUUC